AUGCCGGUAACGCAUUCCUUUGUUUUUCUGGUUUGGAAACGUUACUACCGUUCUCUCUCUUUCUUUUUAUUAGAAACGGCCUUGGGCCUGGACUUUGACAUUGCAAGGGGAGUUUUUUUUAUGGGGAACGGUCUUGGACUUCGACCUGGAUUUCGACAUUGCAAGGAAUGGCCUUGGACUUUAACCUGGAUUUUGACAUUGCAAGGAACGGCCUUGAACUUCAACCUGGACUUUGACAUAAAAACGGCUUGGACUUUAGCCUGGAGGACUUUGAAUUGUAAAACUGGAAUGACUUUAAACUGGACUUUAAAAUUGUCUUUUUUAUUUUGUUAA